CUUUAUUUAGUAAUAUGUAAUUCAUAUAACUUGCAUGUAAUAAAAUAUAUAUAGAUAUAAGUAAAAAGUUGAAUUAUCACUUUUGUAUACAUGGACAGAAAUGAUGAAAUAAUGUUUCACAAACGUGAAAAUAAGAUAUAUAAGUGUAAUUGUAAUUGUAUUUAAUAGAUCAAUUAAAAUAGAGUUGAAUUCAUUGAACUUCCUUUCUAUAUAUUAAAAUUCCUUGAUUAUUUCCAACCAUCUUGCAAGUUUCAUGCUUCUUGACAGUGCGUUCUUUAUUGGUUAGGUUCUGAACUAAAGAUGCCUUCCGUGACAUUAAAAGACGUCGAUCAACACAGAUUCGUCAAGGCUUUUGCCGCGUUUCUCAAGAAGACCGGUAAAAUGCGAGUUCCAGAAUGGGUUGACAUCGUGAAGUCCGCACGUUUCAAGGAACUUGCUCCCUAUGAUCCUGAUUGGUACUAUAUAAGAUGUGCUGCUUUAGUACGUCACAUUUAUAUUCGUAGUCCAAUUGGUGUAGGAGCAGUGACAAAAAUCUUUGGAGGACGCAAACGUAAUGGCACUCACCCUAGUCAUUUCUGUCGUUCUGCUGGCGGUGUAGCUCGCAAAGCUCUCCAAAGCUUAGAACAACUGAAAUUGAUUGAAAAGGCUCCACUUGGUGGACGCAAGCUAACUAGCCAGGGUCGUAGAGACUUGGAUCGCAUUGCAGCACAAGUGAAAGCGAAAAGUAAAAAACAACUUAAAAUGCAAGAGACCCUCGUCCUUUAAUAUGUUUCUUUCUGUAAUAAAAAUGAAAAAUCCAUA